AUGGAGCUCGAAUUUCAGGCCUUGCUUCAAGGAACAUGCAGAUUUCAAGUUCCUGCUUUCCUUGGCUUAACAAUACAAGGGAGUAGUGUGGGGCUUCUGGGAGCUGCCCAUUUUGAACUCCACGAUCUUUUGCAGACGUCUUCCAGCUCAAUCGACACUUCCUUUCUAGACAAAGCGUCGACAGCUUUGUUCACCAAUCCUGGUUUAUAG